CCUGCGUGUGUUUCACCACACUCCGGCCGGUGGGGGCGGUGUAGCUCAGGUGAGCGUAGAAGAAGAAGAAGAAGACCUUAGCCGCCGUUAGCCGGAGCUGAGACAGCGUGAUGUCCGCGGUCUCUAAGGUGGUCCUGGGAGUGUCCGUGGUUCUGACCGUGAGCACCGUGGCUGCGGUGCACCUCAAACAGGCCUGGGACAGAGAGCGCCUGCGUGAGGGCGUGGUCAGGGAUCUGGAACGGCUCGAGCGCAGGAAAGAGAACCUGCGGAUGCUGGAGGAGCAGCGGCUGCUGACCCAACAGCUGGAGGAGGAGAGACGCCGCAGGGAGGCCAGGCUCCACCCACAGGACACCUGA